AUGGAUGAUACCCUUGCUCCUCUUCCGUCUUCCCAGCCAAAGAAGAAACAACCAAAUGCCGCUCACCUAAAGACGUACACAGCCGGUGAAGAUGAGGGUCGAUUGGCGGAAAUGGCAAAAGAAUUUGGCCUGGCACACCAGCGCCAACCCAAAAAACAGGUCCGUGACGAAACCAAGCGUGGUCAUCAUCGACGAGGAAGCAGCGGUUUGGACAUGUUGUUGGGCGAAACUGGCAAAAAAUGGGUCAAUAUCUUGGUACAGGACAGUUCCGUGGAAGUGGCUCGCAUGAGAGCUGUCUAUUCCUUGGGAUAUCCGCGGCGAGCAGGAUCUUUUUCCGAAUAUGGAGCCACGUCCAGUGAUCGAUCUAUCCCCAGCAGUCAUCGUCGCCGUGGAAGUCUCAUGCCAGAAUGGUUGGAACAAAUCGAAUACGAAGAAGAAGAUUUGCAUGCCCAUGGUGUGGGAGGAGACUUGACCAGUGCAGUUUUGGGUAUUGUCAAGGGUAUGGUUGGCCCAGCCAUUCUCUAUUUGCCUCAUGGUUUGGCCAAUGCAGGAUAUGCCGUUGCCUUUCCCAUGAUUCUUGUCACAACUUUGAUGUUUCUCUACAGUUCACAGUGCUUGCUAGAUUCCUGGAAAAUGGAACAUGAAAAAAUGCAUCGUCCCAUUGCAACCAAUAAAGGUGGAACUCCCACCAUUGAUGAAGAAGGAGGCGACGAUGAGCAAGAGCAUCUCUUAAACGACAACAAGAACAACAAUGACGACGAGAAUGGAGGCAAGCCUCGCUACAAAAUGACAUUCUUGUCCUACCCAGAACUAGCUUACAGGGCUCUGGGUGAAACGGGAGAACGAAUUAUCAAAAUUGGCAUUGGCUUGAUGCAGAGUGGCGUGUGCCUGACGUAUCUCAUCUUUGUGCCACAAAAUUUCAGCACGGCUCUCUUGCGGCUGGCCAACAUUUAUGUGGCCCCCGAAUGGUUCUUGGUGGUCAUGGUGGCCAUCCAAGUGCCUCUCUCGUGGAUACGCGACAUUCGAAAGCUUACCGUUACCAACUUUUUGGCCAAUGCGCUCAUCUUGUACGGAUUGAUUACCUGUCUGGCAUUGUCGUUGAAACAGGCCAUGACGACCAACUUUGAUGGCGCUCCCUUGGACCCAGAGACGAAAACCAGUCCCCUCAACCUCGUGGCAGAGCGGUUGUCACAUUUGUCACCGUUUGCUCAGGGUUGGUUUCUCUUUAUUGGAACAAGUGUACUUUUGUUUGAGGGAUCCAUCACUCUGUUGGUGCCUCUACAGGAAGCCGUCGUGUCCGACGAGGACAGACAACGAUUCCCUUCAGUCUACCGAACUACAAUCCUCUCGAUCAUUGUUUUUUACAUUUUCUUUUCCAUGACUUGCUGGACGUCGUUGGGAAAUGAUGUCCGGACUGUGCUGACCACUUCCCUCCCAGUCGGAAACGCCGCAACGUCGGUGCAACUCGCUUAUUCCAUUGCUGUCAUCUUCACAUUUCCCUUGCAGAACUUUCCGGCGUUGGAGAUUACGUGCCGAUCCAUUGCCAAUGCCAUGGAUUCCUGCACCGGAUGUGGGGGUUGCCCCAGUCGGGUCCUGACCCAGCGCAAUGUGAUUAGUUCCCUUUUGGUGGGAUUGCUGGCCAUUAUUGCUGUGACCGCCAUGAAUAGUUUGGACAAGGUUGUCAGUUUGAUGGGAGGGUUGCUUGGGUGUCCCAUUGCCUUUGUCUUUCCACCUAUCAUUCACUACCAGUUGGCCAAAGCUACGCCAGGUAAAGAACUCACACGCACCCGGAUUUUCUUCAAUGGCCUUGUCUGUUUGUUGGGAGUGGUUGCAACAGUGAUUGCUACAAGUACAACCCUUUUGACUUGGGACUAA